AUGUCGCUAACGUCACCGUCUCGCUAUGCUUUCUUCAAGAACGAAGAGAAGCCCCAGAAAGGCAAGUCUGAAGAGGGUGAACCUGAAGGCAAGCCAAUUGAGGGAAAGUCCGAGAAAGACAAAACCAAGCAAGACAAGCCUAAGGGUAACAAACCGGAUGACAAGCCUGAAUCUGGAAAGCCCAAGGAGCACAGUCCCAAAAUUGGCAAGCCCAAGGUGGAACAGCCCAAGGUGGACAAACCACAAGGCAGGCCCAAUCAGAACCAGAUUAUAAGUGUUCCCAGGCCCGGAUGGCCCCCAUUUCCCCACUUCAUGAGCUACCAAGAAAACUACUUCGACUGGCAGCUGCUCCAGUUUUACAAUCAUGCCUUCACGGUUGAUCCAGCCAAUCGUGCUGCAGACCUGCCUCAGUCGCUGGUGUUUCUGUACCGCCAAGCAGAGCCCUCGCUGGAUGGUUCAGUCGUUUCAGAGCCAUCGAGAGCACCCAAGCUUCCUAUACGAGGCCGUCCACGGAAAUCACAAAGUCCCGUGGAAACCCCUAAAAAGCCUGAUAGAAGCGCCGUCCGCGGUGAGGGACUUCCAGGAACCAUAUGGCUCUACACCACCGGAGACCAGGUUCGUCGAAACCAGCCAGAGUAUGCGGGGAAUCUAGAUUUUGGCAUUUCCCAGCGGUACGCCGCCAGCAACCCGGCUGCCGAGGUAAGUCGCCAGACUUUGGCCACUGUUCGUCUGGAGUUUGCAGCCACCGAUGCCUACCGUGCAAGCCUGCGCCGGCGCCAGAAAAACGAGGCUAGUAGCGACGGCCUGGUGCGGAAAAAGCGCAAGCUCAAUGGCUGCGAAUGGAAGCCGGAGCUGUUGUAUAAAACAUACAGCGAGUGCAAGCCUGAAUUUUUUGAUGGCAGCGACUACAACGACCAUGUGCCUGCGUCGCUGUGUUUUGGGUUGAUCAACAUGAGAGCCCCCAAGGCGUGGAGAAGAGGACCUCGGAAGCAUUUGCAGCAGAGAAGCGGCACCAAGAGAGUUCGCGCUCGCGCCAGGCCCAAGAGCCCGGAGCCUCUGCUGGAGCUUCUGCCGGAGCUUCUGCCUCUGCCGGAGCCUCUGCCUCUGCCUGAAUAUUCUCCCGAGUAUCUGCCGCCACCGCCACAAGUAACGCAAUUUGCCACAGAAUCGUUGAAUACAACGCCUGAAGCUAAAAACUCGCCAAAGAAUGGAAGCAAUGUUCCGAAAUUCACCACCCAGGCGGAGUUUGAGGCCGAGCAGGCAAGCGCUCGCGCCAGGCUGCAGCAGGACAGAAUCGAGGCCUACUGCCGGCAGUAG